CAACCGCUUGGUGCUAAAACAGCCACAUGACGGAUGCCCCCGACUGGAUCCACGAGUUCUUCUUACCCGACCAUGAACGUACAUUCGAAACGCGUCUUCGCCAAGCACUCCAACACCUUCGGCCAUCGCAAAUGGACCACUUUCGAAACGUGGUCAUGCAUCAAUCCCCUGACUUGAGACUGUCGACGUGGAAAGCCCUGGUCCAGCACUCGAACACUGCCCCCGUCAACUACGUACACGACGUGCUUCGUGUGAGUGCGUACUUGCUCAAGACAUUCACCGAUGAGUCUAGCACAGGAUAUCAAACUCUGACGGACUUGUACGCGAGCUUUGGUACUCCUGGGGACCGUGGAGCGUUCGAAGCACUGCUCGUGUCGACGCACCACCUGCCAACGUUGGCCCGACUUCUCCACACCAUCGACAUGGCCAAACAAUACGUCAUCUUGGACGUAGCUGCCGACCAUCCACGUGCUUUUGAGUCGCUGUUGGCAUGGUGCCACAACACGGCCACCGCCCCAUCUCCACAUAACUUGCACUCGACAUUGGCAAUGGUAGCCAAGACCAACAACUUUCAUCUCUGGAUGGAUCUCAUUGUGAACGUACAGCCAUCAUUACUCCUCACGCCGUUCCUUGCCCUGUUGGAUGCUUUCUCGACCACCGGGUUGCUCGACCACGUUGCUCGUGUCUUUUUGGGCCACUCCAAACCGUACGACCUCAUCGAGCCUCUUGUUGCCCUGGUCAGUCAAGGAGAGUCAAUGGUCCAGUCCUUGCUUCCCCACGUGUCCACUGAAUCGGCAAUCACUUUGAUUUCGUCCCUCCAUCCUUUGCUGCCGUCCCUCGCAGCCUUGGCCACCCAUUCGUUGCACCCCCCCGAAAAACUCGACGCCACUAUCGCAACAUUUAGUCGAGUUGAAGUGUCGCUGGCAGAUGCAAACCACGUCCUGCUAUUUGCAUCGACCUUGCCGGAUCCGUGGCCGUUUAUUGAGUUUGUACAGGCACUAGCAACCGCGGCCCCCCACACGUUGCCACGACUCUAUCACGUGUUUGGCGCAUGCAACUCAAGCGACCAGCUUCAUUUGGUUCGUUUUCUCUUGCUGGAAUGCACAACCGUCGAGUUUGGCGCUGCGCUGUUGAAUCUUCCGUUGGAGGACAUGAGAUGUCUCCUUGCCAUCACGUCGAUGUUUCUUUCCAGCGAGCUCGAGCGGAUCGCCGCGUUCGUCACGACUCUUGACCAAGUGUGCCUGGCGCCACUACUCACGCUGCUUGCCCUACCCGACCACCAGCGACUCCAUCUGUACACGAUUCUGCAAGGAGUUGACACUCCCCAUCGCCUCUUAGAGGCCCUUCAGCACCUUUGCGUGGACAACCCCCCUGCAUUCGACCGAUUAUUGCACGUUCUUUUGCUGUUCGAGUUGGAUCAAAAGGAUGCGCUGGCGAUGGGCGUUUUACGUGCUUCGGACAAGGUGAUCAACGGUCGACUUCUCGAGUUCCUUGCAUGGCCUCCCGGCGAAAUGGACGCGAGGGAAGUACUGCGGCUUCUCCGUCAUGUACCAUCCACGCGCUACGAGUCGCUACUGGCGAUGUUUCAAUCCCCCCUUCGAUCCAAGCUGGAGCUGCUUGUCUUGUCAGAGCUCCUCGAAUCCAUGGCAUCACCUUUGUCGAUGGAAUGCCUUCUCGAGGCGUUGAUUCGCAUGGAUGAGCCGACGCUGCAAGCGUUUUUUAGUUAUAUGGAGCAUGUUCCAGGCUCGUUGGUCGUGGUGAACCUCAUUGAAACCUUCUCAAGUGCAGACGUGCAGCUGUAUUUGAACCUUGCUACGGGCCUCUCUCCAUCGAUGAUGCGGGAGCUCAACUUGUUCAUGGACAACCUCGACCUGCGUGGUCGCACCGCCUUUCUUCGCGUGAUUGUAAACCCCCGUCGGAACAUCCUGUCCCGGCUCAUCAUGAGUGUCCACAUGCUCGACCACAUCACGGUCGGCAACAUUUUGCGAGCCCUGGAGCAUCAUACGUGGGAGAUUCGGUCUCUCUUGGUUGAGCAAUUUCGCAUCUUGGAUGACCCUAUAGCGUUGGCGCAGCUCGCGGCGGUCCACGAAUCUCUAGGCACCGACUUGAGUACUCGAGACGCGCUGGAGACAUACGCUAUGAUCGCAAGCUACUGCUCCAAGGCCGUCCAAGUCCAACUCGCGUCAGUUUUGUAUCGGUUCGCCGUGGCGGACCGAGGCGAGUUACUGAUGCUUGUUCGGAAUAAUGCAGUGUGGCAUCCGACCGAAGCGAUCGACGCCGGGUUUUGGACAGAAGAGAAUAUCGCGAGGCUGUGUGCAAUAUUCUUGCAGCACCAUUCGCAGAUGGCGACCCACCUCCUCCAGUUCCUUCGGCGACUCGAUCCCAAGUUCCACGAAGCUUUUCUUCACUCGUGCAAAGACUUGUCCGCCGACAUGGCGUACUUUGUUCGAGUGUUCCAUGCCACGACCGUGGACACUGUCCAUCGGUUCAGCGCCAUCCUGUUUUCUCGUGCUUUGAACACCGAUGGCAUCACCCGUCUCGCCCAGUGUCUCCGAAGAAUGCACCAAGCGUUGAUCGGACUCGAUCUUGCCGUCCACGUGCUCGUGCAGUUGUCAAACAUGCCGUCGUUUUUGUCAUACUUUCACCGCCUCGGGACGGCGCAAGGCUUGUUCGUUCAGAUUUUGGCUGAGUUUCCCACGCAUGCACGUGAAGUCGUGCAGUUCCUCGAGUCUCUGGAUGUGGACGACGCCGUCUUGAUCAUGCGCCGGUUGUCCAAGAUGCCAAACGACAACCGCCGUCGGUUUGAAGCACUUCUAAACAAACCACCGACUCGACUUACUGGCGUCGACAGGACGCUCUAUCUUAGUGUAGUGGACGGCUGCAAACUGCGACCCAUCGACACACGUCCACCCGAGCUGUCCAGAAUCGUCACAAGUCGCUCUCUGCCCGAAUUGAAUCCUCCACUGUGGAGCUGUGAGGACGUCGAGAUGAAACUCCUCUCGCGGAAGGCCAAACGAGUGGGACAGGUCCCGUCGAUGGCAUCGUCAGCUCAAACGGAACGAACGUCACCUUCUGCAACCCAAGGCGAAAGCGAAUAUUACACGAUCUCGAUGGAACCGAAUCGGGAGUUUACCUUGUUCCUGGCGUCACCCCUCGACGACAAUGUGACGUCGCCCCCAACUGGUGCGAUUGAAACCACAGCUCUGGUCGACAAUCAACGGAGCAAACCGGACUGUUUGACCCCCCCAGAAGUUCCCCCACCUGCCCCUGAUCCCAUCGACGGUGUUGACAGCGACAACGAGUACAGCAGCGACGACUGCAGCGACCCCGACGUGCCCCCCCGACGAUUGUUUGAUCAUGUCCUGGCAGACAGUAUUCUAAAACAGCAUCCACUCAACACGUUGGUCGAAGAAGAUUUGGACGUAGAUGGCCUCCCUCGUAUCCGCAUUCCUGGGCGAUACAAGCGUCCCUCUGCACGGUCCAUGCGCGGGCUCAUGCCGGCCAUUCAAAACGCCUCCCUCCACCCAGGAAAACGUAGGCCGAGCACGUCCCCAGGAUCCCCUUUUGAAAUGAUCGGGCAAGACGCCAACCUGAUGCGGUGGCCCCCCACCCGGAUUCGAGUGGCUCGGACACCUGAAGCCAAGAAAAAGGUGUUUGAUGCGAGGGUGCAUAAGAGCAUGGGCACCAUCAUGUUACCGUCGUUGAAGUCCCAGCAAGACACCCACAAGAUGCUUCGGACAAAGUCAUGCGUCGGGUUGUGAGUAGAUGCCACCAAUCCAACGAUGCAUGGGCAGCUUCGGCCAACAUAUUCAAGGGGUACCAGUUACAGUCUCUGCACAGUUAUCAUUGCUGCUGCAUUCGAUGGAACCACAACCACGUUUACGAGUCACCGUGCGAGGGGAGUAGAGGAUUUCUCUUCAACGUUAAGGAUGGCCGUGUGCCGGCCUGGCCAAGUGAACAGUGGUGGCUUUAUCCACUUUAAAGGAUGUCUACAGUUGCGCUGAAUAGUGUGGGGAGUCGGCGUCGUCCCUGUCUGUGAAUGGGGGGAAGAAAGCAUGGGCUCAUGGCUUUUCAGGUUCUUGUUGUUUGAAAUGCUCGGUGGUACAUUGCUCCCACUGGUCGGUCAUCA